GUAUAUAUUAUAGAAGACCCAAUAUUAUGUGUCUAUAGUGUUGUAAAGCUGCAUUGGUAUUAUCGUAUAUUACAUAUCGUUUCUUAUGAAGUUAAAAUUAAUAAGCUCUCAACAGAAAUUGACAGGGUUUUGUAUUAUAUUUGAUAUUAUUAUUACAGUAUAUUUUGCUUCACGCAUAUACUUACGUGUUAGAAAAUCUUACCAAACAAUGAAGAUGACGUACUCGUAUUCCUGGAUAAUAUAUUCAUGGUUAAUUUUCGGAACUGGCAUUUUGUGUGAUAGAAGACUCGAAAGACGACAAGCUGUACUAUCAUCUUGUUCAGUAAAUACUAAGGAUAAAUUUUAUUGUUCAAAUGGACUGUGUAUCGAAUCGCCGCGGGUUUGUGAUGGUCAUAAGGAUUGUUCAGAUGGUUCAGAUGAGACCAAAGAAUCGUGUUCUCAAUACAAGUAUAGAACAAAUAUGACCAUGGAUUGUGGUAGAGUAAAUAUAAAAAACCAAGUAAUAUUAGAAAAAACUGGUGUUGCAAUAGUUGGAACAGCCCCUUGGAAUGUUGGAAUAUAUAAAGUGAAUAAAAAAAAACCCAAAUAUGAGUUGAUAUGUCUAGGAUCAAUCAUUGCUCCAAAUUUGGUCAUUUCUGUGGCUCACUGUUUUUGGAAAGAAGAUAUGUCAUCUAAAAGAAUAUUAACAGAAGACGGCGAAUACAAAAUUGCUGUAGGAAAAUAUGAUAGAAAUUUUACAAUUAUUGACAAUGACUUUACUCAAAUAAUCAAUGUGGACAUUAUUCUCCUGAAAGAAGGUUAUUCUGGGAGUAGUGGUUUUCAUGCUGAAGAUAUAUCUAUUAUUGUGUUACAAGACAGAGUUUCAUUUAGUAACCGUGUUGCACCUGUUUGUAUCGACUGGAAUAGUAAAUUCAAUGUAGUCAAUGGAAAUCAAGGAAAGAUUGUUUUUUGGGGAGGAAAAGUAAAUGGUGAAUAUAAUCCUGUUUUAUUAGAAGCAUCUUUACCAUACAUAGAUCGUGAAACUUGUCAGAAUAUGUAUGCAAACGGAUUUAAGAUAUAUGUGACUGUUGAUAAGUUUUGUGCCGGUUCUGAAUUAGUUUCAGGAGAAGGAGUGGGUCAAGGAGAUAACGGCGCAAGCUUAUGCUUUUUACACUCUAAUACUUAUUAUUUAACAGGAUUGGCAAGUACUAAGGAUCCAGAAAGAAAUAAUUCAAUCACAGUUUUUACAGAUGUUAGGCAUCAUAUUGGAUGGAUUCGAAGAAUGUAUAAUAAAUAUAACUGAGCC